AUUUACAGCAUAUUUUUUGUUAUUAUGGAAAAAUCUGAUAUUUCCCAGCCAAUUUCAACCAUUUUAAAUGGCUCAAAUUACAUACUCUGGGCUCAAAGUAUGCGCAGUUUCUUGAAGGGUCGAAAAUUAUGGCGGUAUAUUACUGGUGACAUUACCCUUCCACAGAAAGUUACUGAUGAGACAGAUAAGAAGUAUAUUGAUCGUCUGGAGGAUUGGGAUAGCAAAAAUCAUCAGAUCAUCACUUGGUUUCGUAACACCUCAAUUCCUUCCAUUCACCUUCAGUUUGGACGGUAUGAAACAGCUAAGGAAGUGUGGGAUUUGCUUGCAGCCAGGUAUACCACUUCUGAUUUAUCCAGUCAAUAUCAAUUGUGGGAAGAGUUACACAAUUUGAAACAAGAACGUGGAGAGUCCAUUACUAGUUUUUAUGCUAAGAUGGAGGCUAUUUGGGAUCAGCUUGCUCUCUCAGAACCAACCUUCAAUGACACUGCUGAUAUUGGGAAGUACAUUGAAUAUCGUGAUAAAAUGAGGUUAAUUCAAUUUCUUAUGGCACUUACUGAUGAUUUUGAACCAUGUAGAGCCUCUUUAUUGCAUCAGUCUCCUUUACCUACCUUGGAUAGUGCUCUCUCACGAUUAUUAUCUGAUGAAACUCGUCUGGGCUUACUUAAGCCUCAACGAGAUACUACUGUGGCUGCAGCUAUCAACAAGUUUCCUUUGAGUAAGCGAGGACAGAAGCAUUGCCGGCAUUGUAACAAGUACGGACAUGCUCUAUAUGAAUGCAGUUUGGUAGAAUGUCAUAAAUGCAAGCAGAAAGGCCAUAUUGCACCUAAUUGUACUUCAUUACCUCAGAGAUCUGAUCAGUGGAAGACCCAAUCAAAGCCUAAUCAGUCUUCCAAGCCUGUGGUUGCUGCAGCUGCUGCCAAUGAGGAUACCUCAGUCCAUCCUUCGAUUGGUAAUCUAGAAACCCUUCUUAGACAGAUGAUAUCAUCUUCCUCUACAUCUACUGCCUUGCCUACCAUCCCAGGAUCCACAGACGGGACAGAUUCUUGGGACAGGCCGUAAAGUUGGACGUUUGUUUGAGCUCACCUCCCUGCACAUCCCUUCUAGUUACGUUUCCCAGUUGUGUGCCAUCUCAACAUCUUCCUCCUUGCACUUGUGGCAUCUUCGUCUUGGUCAUGCCUCUAUUAGUAAACUUCGUCCUUUAAUUCAAAAUGGGUCUUUAGGUUCUAUUAAAGAAGAGUCUUUACAUUGUGUCUCAUGUCAAGUCGCUAAACAGCCUGCUUUAUCCUUUAAUAAAAGUGAUUCCAUUUC